CUCAGAAAAUAAAUUUCUUCUUCUUAUAAAAGAUCACUUUAUCUCUCAAUUUUUUCGUUAACCUUUAUAUCUCCGGCGAUGAAUCUCGCCGGGAAAGUGAUCAUGUCCUCUGUUUCCGUCUCUUUCUCGGACCAUCGCCGUCACGUGUUCCGUGAAAAUCGUCACUAAUCCGUCUCAAAUACUAUUUUGUUUUCCUUGUGAAGUAGUAUUAUUCUUUGCUUUGUUUUGUGAAAUAUGAUCCGCUAAAUUGAAGAAGACGGUUUAGGUUUCUUUCUUGUAUUAGCUGAGAGGUUUUGCUAGAUUCUUUCUUCUUCUUAAUUAAUCUCUGGAGAUAGCAUUUUUUGACGAUCUGAGGUUUUCGAAUUUUCUGUUUUCUCGUCGUCUCUGUCUUUAAAGCUACUUUGAACGAGAAAUUGACUUGGUGAAUAAGUUUUGAUCAUUGUUUUGAUCAUAACGAUGCCGUUUAACAUGAAGAUCCAACCGAUCGAUAUCGAUUCACCUGCCGUAACUAAACCGGAGGCAACACCUAAACCGGUUCUCAAAUCUCGCCUCAAGCGUCUCUUUGAUCGGCCGUUCACGAGAACCCCCUCCGCCGUGACGGAGUUGGAGCCGAGCUCUGUUUGUUUAGAUAAGAUGGUUCAGAACUUCAUAGAGGAGAACCACAACGAGAAGCAAUCCAAAUGUGGACGCAACCGUUGCAGUUGCUUCAACGGCAACAAUGAUACCUCCUCCUCCGACGAUGAAUCAGAUCUAUACGACGACGUUUUAGAUCAUCUCAAGAGUUUGAUCCAAUGCGCGAGCCUCACAGAGAAGAAUCUGUUAUCCGACGUGGCGAAGAUUAUGGAUAAGAACAAAUCAGUCAAACGAAAAGACGUUACGAGGAAGAUCGUCAACGAAGGACUCUUAUCUCUUCACUACGACUCUUCGAUCUGCAAAUCGAAAUGGGAUAAAACUGCGUCGUUUCCAGCGGGUGAUCACGAGUACAUAGACGUGAUUCUAGGAGAAGAGCGGUUCGUGAUCGACGUUGAUUUCAGAUCUGAGUUCGAUAUCGCGAGACAGACGAGCGGUUACAACGCGUUGCUUCGAUCUCUACCGUUCGUAUUCGUCGGAAAACCCGAUCGGUUGAGUCGGAUCGUGUCUUUGGUCUCCGAUGCGGCGAAACGGAGUUUGAAGAAGAACGGGAUGCAUUUGCCGCCGUGGAGGAAAGUCGAGUACAUGCGAUCCAAGUGGCUAGGAACUUACACACGAGCUUGUGGAAACGUCGAGGAGCUGCCUAUUGCGGCGGCCGCGGCGGAGCUAGAGGUGGAUUGUGCAGGGGUUGAGAUUGUUUUUGAGGAGAAAUGUUUGUCGCCGGGAGUGAUUAGUUCUUCCUCCUCUCCUUUUCCGUCUGUUGGUGAUGAUGUGGCGGUGGAGAGAGAAGUGAAGGUCGUUACCGGAUUAGCUUCCCUAUUCAAAGAAAAACCUUAA